AUGCAGGACGAGGCGUGGCACGAGGAGCAACAACACUUCCAGGCCGUUUUGCAGGCAUGGAGCGAUUAUCUUCCGUAUUCGGUACGGUCCAUACCACUAAUCCAGCUCCAUAUGAACAAUGCGCGCCGCCAGUCCUUGUACGCACUGCCACAAGCACAUCAGGCGCUGCUCCAAGGGCUCCAUGCCCCCGUGCCUGGGCCCAUGGAGGGCAAGCCUGCCCAGCGCGGCUUCCGUGCCAAACUUUAUGAGAUUGAUGACCGUAUCCGACGCAAUGCAGAUGUCCUGGAGCAGAUGGCCCACUUUUGCCACUCGUUCCUUGGCAUCCUGGACGAGUCACACCAGGCCGCCUCCGGUCCUACCAACAAGGUAUCAGAGCGUGAUCAGGACCGUGUCCGCACAGCCAUCAAGCAAAUGGCGCGUGAUUGGGGCGCCCAGGGUGCGGCCGAGCGAGAGCGGGUGUAUCAGCCGAUCGUCGAGGCCGUCCUUCGCCGCCGGCCACCGAGCGAAGGCCGGCCACCCCGUGUGUUGGUACCUGGUGCAGGCCUGGGUCGCCUGGCUUUUGACUUUGCUCAGCAGGGCUACUGUACACAGGGCAAUGAGUUUAGCUAUUUUAUGCUCAUCCCUGCACACUUUCUCUUGAACUGCACGCAGACCGUCCAUGAACACACGCUCUUCCCCUAUAUCCACUCGGGCAGCAAUUGGCACACAUCAGCGGACAUGCUGCAACCUGUGUGUGUACCUGAUGUGCUGCCAUCGGUACUCGAUGAGAAUACUGACUUUAGCAUGGUCGCCGGCGAGUUCGUCGAGGUGUAUGCGAAGGAAGAGGAGCGCGGCGCAUGGGAUGUAGUCGCGACGUGUUUUUUCAUCGAUACGGCCAAAAAUAUCCUGCGCUACCUCGAAGUCAUCAAUGCAGUACUACCAGUCGGCGGCCUGUGGGUCAACGCGGGUCCUCUACUAUGGCACUUUGAGCAUGACCCUGAUGCGAGUGUCGAGCUUACGCUCGAGGAGGUGCUCGAGCUGCUCCCGCACUUUGGCUUUGAGAUGGAAGAGCAGCGCACGCUUGAGCCGCAGACCUACACCGGCAUACCCAACAGCAUGCUCUCCCAUCUGUACACCCCAGUGUUCUGGGUUUGCCGCAAAGUGCGCGACCAUACUAUGGCACCUGCCGUAUAG